GCAGUUUUUUGGCCUUGGAUUUCUUAAAGAAAUCCAGGCCGUCAACAGGCUCUUCUCCCAGAGGAUCCGGAUCCCAGCUCUUCAUUUUAGGGUUUUGGAUUAAGAAUCAGGGUUUUGGCCGGUGUUGGAUCCGAUGGCGAAGAAGAGGAGCAGACAUCAGAAUCCGCAGCCUUUCCUCGCAGACGACAAUGCCUCCCUGGCCUCGAAGAAGCGAUCGAAAGCGCCCAAGCAGCACCAGGCGGAGGAGAAGCUGAUAUCGUCGGGCAUGAGCUCCAAGAUCCUGAAAGAAGCCUUGGCUCAACAGAGAGAGAUUCAGGACGAGGCGGAGGGGCGAAGCCCUAAUGACAACAGCUCCUUGGUUUUCGCUCAAGGAUUCACUGAGGCUGAGGAAGCACAAGAUGACAUCGAUGAGUUUGCUGGAUUCUCUGAAACUCAGAGCCAAUUUGGCGCUUAUGAUGAGAUUGAUGAAGAGGAUGAUAGAGUACUGGAGGCAUUCUUAAGAAAGGAUGUGGGUCCCCAGCGUACUCUUGCAGAUAUCAUUAUUGAAAAAAUUAAACAGAAAGAUGCAAACGCUGCUUCAGAAAUGCGACCUUUGCCUAAAUUGGAUAACUCCAUCAUCGAUUUAUACAAGGGAGUUGGCAAGCUUCUUAGUAGUUACACAGCAGGCAAAAUACCCAAAGCAUUCAAGCACAUCCCUUCAAUGCAACUUUGGGAAGACGUCCUAUACCUGACUGAGCCUGAGAACUGGUCACCAAAUGCACUGUAUCAAGCAACAAGAAUUUUUGCUUCCAAUUUGGGUGCGAAGAAGGCAGAACGCUUCUACAGACUAGUUUUGCUCCCACGAGUGAGAGAAGAUAUUCGGAAGAAUCAGCGGCUUCAUUUUGCUUUGUAUCAAGCUUUGAAGAAGUCACUCUACAAACCUGCCGCAUUCUUCAAAGGAAUAUUGUUCCCUCUAUGUGAGUCAAGAACAUGUAAUCUUAGGGAAGCUGUCAUCAUUGGGAGCAUUUUACAGAAGGUCUCCAUUCCUCCACUUCAUUCAAGUGUUGCAUUAUUGAAGCUUGCAGAGAUGGAAUAUGGUGGUACAACAAGCUAUUUUAUAAAGCUUCUUUUGGAGAAGAAAUAUGCUUUGCCACAUCGUGUGCUUGAUGCUACUGUUGCUCAUUUUAUGAGAUUUCUCGAAGAUACCAGGAUAAUGCCUGUAAUAUGGCACCAAUCACUACUUGCAUUUGUGCAAAGGUACAAAAACGACCUGCGGAAAGAGGAUAAAGAUAACCUUAAAAAUCUACUUGAAAAGCAAAAGCACAAACUAGUUACUCCUGAAAUCAGUCGGGAGCUAAAUAACAGCCGCAACCGUGGUGAAAAGGAGGAUGAUCUUAUGUCAAUAUCCUCUCCUGUUUCUGUGGUCAAUAAAACUAUUGAAGAAGAUAGGUUUGAUAUUCCAGAGGUUCCGAUGGAGGAGGAUUGAUUGACUGCCUGGUGGAUCUGCAUGUUUGCUGGGAGAGAAAAAAAAAAAUGCAAUUUCAUGCCAAAUUUGUGUACAAGUAACACACUUUUGGAUUUAUGCCUUUUUAAAUGUUCUCCUUGAGCGCUUGCGGAACAAAUUUUUGCUUUGAGGAAAAUCCAGAAAUGCCAUGAUUGUCCAAUAGUGCUUUUGAAGCUUGAAAAUGCAAUGCUACUGAGGUUUGGUUAAGCUCAGAGUGUACUUUAGGGGAAAAAUUCGACUUUAUUCUCUUCAAUCUAUAUAACUUGGGUCUCCUACUUUUUGUUUUGUUUUGUUAUUUUUAUUUUUUAGUUUUUUAGCUAUUGAAAGAUCGAGUCGGGGAAUGGUGGAAGAUAUUGUUUGGCUUUUGAAGAAUUGGCUCAAUGUGGCCUUAAUUAUGUUUGAUGGGCUCAAACAAGUUGCUCCCGAAUUUAAUUAUUGCUUUUUUAUUAUAUGGAACUUAAUCUUA